AUGUCGACAAUUCCGGCUCGAGGAUUCCGCUUCCGAACCAUCGGCGGCCUUCGCUACGGAGCGGCAGCUGCAGUGAGCCCGGCCAGUCUUGGAGUCGUUCCUCAAAGUCGACCUGCGUCCACAUCACAUCUUGCAUCACUGAUCUGUAACUCGUUGAAGAAUGACUUCCGCCCCACAGCGAUCGUUCGAGGCACGAGACCAUUCUGUUCGGGAAAUCUCCCACCACACAAACGUAUUGCCUUGCCGGCCCUUUCACCAACAAUGGAAAACGGAAACAUAGUCAGCUGGCAGAAGAAAGAGGGAGAUCAACUAGGCGAAGGAGACCUACUAUGUGAAAUCGAAACCGACAAAGCUACCAUGGGAUUUGAGACACCGGAAGAGGGCUAUCUUGCUAAAAUUUGCAUUCCUGAAGGCACGAAGGGCGUUCCAAUUGGAAAAUUGCUUUGCAUUAUUGUUGAAAGCGAAGGUGAUGUGGCAGCGUUCAAAGACUUCAAAGACGAUGGAGCAGGAGCUCCUGCUGCUGCAGCUGCAGCACCAGCAGCGCCUGCCGCAGCGGAAGCUCCAUCGGCACCUGCCGCGGAAGCGGGUGCUCCGCCAGGAGAUUAUCCACAGUGCAACUAUAUUGCUCUACCUGCUCUCUCACCCACCAUGGAGACUGGUCGCAUAGUCAGCUGGCAAAAGCUUCUUUGCAUUAUUGUCGACAACAAAGAUAAAGUGGCAGCGUUCAAGGACUUCAAAGACACUGGAGAAACAGUCAAGCCACCGCCACCUGCUGCAGCUCCAAGCGCACCUCCACCGGCGGCAGCACCACCUCCCCCUGCAGCAGCGCCUGCACCUGUGGCAGCCGCUGCACCUCCACCUGCAGCUCCUCAUCCAGGAGGGCAUGUAAGCGCUACACCUUUGGCAAGAAAGCUCGCCGCUGAGCGUGGCGUGGAUAUUAGCGGAGUGGCUGGUUCCGGCCCAGGUGGACGUAUUCUUGCAGCCGACCUUGCACGGGCCCCGGCCGGUGCGGCUGCACCGGCUGCUGCCCCGCGUCCAGGCGUUCCUAGUGGACCCGUAGCCGAUUAUAUCGACAUUCCUCUCACGGGAAUGCGCAGUACCAUUGCUAAACGUUUGACGGAAAGAACCGGUGGAUCAACUAAAAUCUCCAUUAAUGAUUUCAUUGUCAAGGCGUCUGCCUUGGCAUGUUUGCGUGUACCGGAAGUCAAUAGUUUCUGGAUGGAUUCGUUCAUCCGUCAAAACAACACCGUGGAUGUGAGCGUAGCUGUCAGCACUCCAUCCGGACUGAUCACUCCAAUUGUCUUUCAACGCACAUGCGAAGGAAUUCAGUACCCACCAUUUCAGGGCCUUGCUACGAUAUCGGCUGAGGUUACGGAAUUGGCUGCUCGGGCCAGAGAUGGUAAAUUGCAACCGAAUGAGUUCCAGGGUGGUACUUUCACGGUGUCCAAUCUUGGCAUGUUCGGGAGUGUCACCGAUUUCACGGCUAUUAUCAACCCACCGCAGUCAUGUAUUCUUGCUAUCGGUGGUGCCGAGACGAAGCUGGUUCCAUGCGAAGAGGAGGGGUACCGGAGCACGAAAGUUAUGAAGGUUACUUUGUCAUGUGACCACCGCGUUGUAGACGGAGCGGUUGGAGCUGUUUGGCUGCGUCAUUUCAAAGAGUUCCUGGAGAAGCCACACACUAUGCUUCUUUGA